ACGCGAGCGCACCACGUUCAGUUCUAGAACGUCUGCUGCGCUCACGUUGACGCCUGGCUGAUUAGUAGAGGCUGGCAACGGGUCGCUUUAGACUGACGUUCUUUCUCUAUGCAUUUCAUGUAUUAUUUGAGGGUUUUUACCUAGAUUUCGGGGAGAAGUAAGGUGAUAAACAGAAAAAUCUUACCUGCUUGGGGGUCGAAACAACCGCUGGGGGUCUUUGCCCUCUUAGGAGGAGGGCGAAGCGGCCCCACCUGCUCCUGCUUCUGAGAGUACGCGGAGAAGUCCCCAGGUACGCGGAGAAGUCGCCAGGUACACCUUGGCGGAUCCUGUCCACACCGACUUAGCUUUCUGGACUGUGGGGAGCUUGCCAGGAGCGCCCCAGCGCAGGCAACUUCCGAGAUAAGCCGCCAAGGAAUUGACGAUGGACCGCUGUUCACCGGGAGCUGGCACUGGCGCACCCCAGCAGACCGUAGCAGCUGAUGCAUCUCCUGAGCCUAGGUGUCCUGUAUGCUUGGAUAGAUUCCAUAAUGUAUCUUACCCAAAUUGCUGCUUACAUAAGUUCUGUUUUCGCUGCAUACGGGAGUGGUCCAAACAGAAAGCCGAGUGUCCACUAUGUAAGCAGCCCUUUGGUUCCAUCUUCCAUUCUGUGAGGGCAGACGAUAACUUCAAGGAGUAUGUCCUAAGGGCUUCCUAUGAUGGUUCUGCUGUUCGACGACGUCGCUCCCGUACAGCUGUGACAAGGGAACGAAAUGUGUCUGUACCUAGUGGUACCACGAACAGAAGAAUGACUCCACCGGAUACUGGAGUUCUAUUUGAAGUGUUAGGCACUUCAACAAGAGGUAGGGAUGUCGCAAUUCCUGAGUUACUGAGUGAGUUUGUAACAGCGAGGCCAACUACUGCCCAUGAAAUAUCUUUGAUGACAGUUCAAGAGCAAGAUGCUAUUAAUUUUAGACGAGCUCUCUAUCGUGCUGGUGCUCGAGUUAGAAGUGUCGAAGAUGGUGGCCGCUCUAGGGAUAUUUCAGCUGAGUUUUUCUAUAGAAAUCCAGCUUCCCUGCGCAGAAUAGUCCCCUGGGUAAGGCGGGAACUUAUGGUCCUUUUAGGAGCUCGUGAACCUUCAGUAGAUAUCGUCCAGCUCAUCAUCAUGACCAACAUUACUCGCUAUGAUUUGGAGAGCCAGGCAUUUGUGUCUGAUUUAAGACCUUUUUUUCUAGAUCUAACUGAGCAUUUUGUGCAUGAAUUUAUCAGUUUUGCUCGAUCUCCUUUUAACAUGGCAGAGUUUGACCAACACGCUAAUUAUGAUUACCCUGCACCUUCCAAUGAAGAAAGCAGCCAUUCUGACUCUUCGGUCAUAACGAUAUCUCCAGAUGAGUCUGAGACCCAAGAGCCAGAUAUGGAUGUGGCCACUGUUGGUCAGGCACCAUGGGAUGAUGAGACACCGGGACCAUCCUACACAAGCUCAGAGCAGGCACAUGUUGCUGUGUCUUCCCUUUUAAAUGAUUCCGGAAGUUCAGGCGAAGAACUGGUCACAGGGGGAGCCAUGUCUCAUGUACAAGGAGUACAAACCAACGAGGACUUAAAUAAUGACAGUGCUUCUUCUUCAAAUGAUUGUGUCAUUGUUGGGUUUAUUAAACCACUAGCUGAGAGGACCCCAGAAAUUGUUCAGCUCUCUUCCGAUUCUGAGGAGAUAAGCACUCGGGAAGAAAGGGAGACAGUGGAGACACAAGAACAGGACCAGCCUUUCAGUUCUGCUGAUAGUGAUCUUAGUAGGUCUUCAUCUCCGCUCUCUCUCCUUGGAAACAAUGAGCAAAUGAAUGAAGGUCAUCCUGAUUCAUCGGAGGAGGAAGAGGAACCAUCUACGUCGUCCUCGUGUAGAGACUUGAGCUCAUCUGUGAGAGGAGACGGAGUAUAUUCUCCAGACAGCCAUAGAUACGGGAAAAGGGGAAGAUCAAGAAGUUCAGAUUCAAGUUCCCAGAAUAGAAGUGAGCAUGAUAACAAUCCUAGAAAGCAUCCUGGGAAGAGAAGAAUGAAAAGCAAAAGGUCCAGAAGUAGGGAAAGUAGCCCUAGAAGGAGAAGAGACAAAAAGAGGUCCAGAACUAGAGACAGCAGUUGGUCAAGCACCAGCCAAACUCUAUCUCUAAGUAGUGAAAGCACAAGCAGAUCACAAUCUCAUAGUGAUCACAGUAAAAGAAGGUCACGGAGCAGAAGUGGAGAUCGUUACUAUUUAAGAAAUGAUUAUGGAAGCAGAUCUAUGUGGGACAGGGAUGACUAUGAAUCAUCUUACAGGAGGAGGCCUCUGUCCAGAGCUCAUUAUCGCAGCCAAUCUUCAAGUCCAGAAUCUGGAAUUCAGUCCUUCUCUCUAAGAAACAAUGCCAGGGAGAAAACUAAUCCCAGUGAAGGACAAUAUAACUAUGAUGAAAGGCACAGAUCGAGGAGCCUGUCUGGUAACAGGUCAAUGACUUCAUCUACAGGGCCUGAGCAGGGGAGAAAUGACAAACCUGGAGGGAAACGAAAAUACAAAGCACGGCAUUUGGAGGGUACUAAUGAAGUGGCUCAAGCAUCUCGUCAAUGUCCUUCUGCAGUAAAGGAGACUGAUUACCAAAAAUUUUCCUCAGAAUUGGAUGAAAACGACAAAAAUGAGAGUGACAGCUUUUCAGACAGCCUAUCAUCAGAUGCAGAGACAAAACGCAAGAGGAGAAAAAGGGCCCGGAGCCCGAGUGUAGAGGUAGUUUGCAAAGGAAUAGCUACUGAUACAACCAUACAUCACGAAAGGAAAAAGAAGAAACACCAUGGAGACAGUACUUCGCAGUCCCCAGUUGUAAUUACCAUCGACAGUGAAAGCGAUAAGGAUUCUGAAGUAAAAGCAGAUGCAGAUUGGGACAAUAAUGGGCCUCAAGACCCUCUAGAAGAUGAGUUUUAGGCUCCUUCCUUGGAACCAUGAACUAAAGAUGGAGUUAAAAGAGAAGAUGAAUUUGGUGUCCUGGACAAGGAGCGUCAUAUUACUGCACUUACUAACAACUUGCAUAAUGCCAGAAAAACUGUGCAUAGUAUCCCACCCCCAGCAACUUCAGUGGAACAAACUCUUGAUAUAAGAAAAGAGAGCACAUCUUCCUAUGAUUUGGAGACCAGCCCAUCUACUAGAACUCAGUCAUCAAGGCAAUUGCCAUCUCCACAGACAUGAUUAAUGUCAGUGUCUCUUAGUAGAGACUGAUAUGUCUUAAAAUUAUCAAAGCAACUCAUUGAGAAUUCUGGCAGUAUGAAAAGGAAAAAAAGGAAUAAUGUCAUCUACUACAGUCUAUUUAAGAUGACUUUAGUGAAAACUCUUUUCCCCCUUAUAAUAUUUUAAGUGUUUUUUUGUGUCUUAAUUUGUAGAAUUCAUUAUUUGUUCAAAAAGUGUUUAUGUCCCACCCUCAGAGAUAUGCAUUUUUAAAUGAAGAAAAUGAUAUUGCUAGCAAUUUAUUUAAAACUUA